AUGAAUGAUUUUAUACCCGAGGCUUCAUUAAACGGUAAUGCAAAAGAACAAGAAGUGACUUCUACAAAUUAUGCUUUGAAUAUUUCUGAUUUUGUGUUCUCAAACGGAUUCCUGCAGGGUGCUUUUUCAGAUACAAACCUACAAAUUCAGAACAAUGUAUACCACCUUCAUGCUUUGUUUCUAGCUCGCUCGCCUGUACUCCAUCAAAAAAUAAUAGAAGUGUCUUCGACGGGGAUGCCCUAUAAUGUCAAAUUGGGAAUUGAAGAUCCUUACGUUACCAAAAAAUCAACCAUUUUCGUUCUUUCUUCUCUUUAUCGCGAUUCCGUUACCAUACCAGCUGAAUUGAACCCCUGUUGUAUUCUUGCUACCAGUGCAUUAUUGGGUCUUGACGGAUUGGCUUUUGAAGCUGCCGCAAGUAUUGAAAAUUCAAUCAAUCCAUUUACAAUGGAAAAUAUUCUUACCUUUUUGGACCCAAAACUAGAAGGCUUUGAGAGGCUUAAAAUUGGAGCAUAUCCUAAAUACACUGCAGGCCUCUUUGACAAGGCUUUAGAAGUUAUGUACACAACUCUUGUUAAUCAUUGGGAUAAGGAAUACGCUAAUGUGCUUCGCAACCUUCCUUUUCCUGCCAUCAAAAACCUUUUGGAAAGCGACAAGCUCACUGUCGGAACAAGCAGUAUGGCGCGCUACAAACUCGCUACAGAAAUUGUAAGAAUGCGAAAUUCAUACCGCAAGCAAUACCGCAUAGAAGGACGAGGAGAUGAAAGUGUUGUAUUAGCUUUCGGAGAAGGUAAUCGAUCUAUUCAGCUAGUCAGAACCGCUUCAGGUCCUGAGUCAAGACGGAAAACACUUUGGAAGGCAGCCUCAAGUCAGUAA